GGAUCCUGGAUCAGCUGCUCGUGUGUUCGAUCCCCGUUCCACAACCUCCGCUGACCCACAGGAGCAUCGCACCGUCUCCUGAGGACUGAGGUCACAGCAGCUUCACGUCAUCUCCAGGAAACAUGAACUCUCUCCCGGGCAGAGCAGCGCUGUCCCUGUGCAGGCGCACGGCCGCGGGCGGGCUGCGGGUCCUGGCCGGGUCCGCGGGUCCUCCCGCCGGGAGCCUGCCGGCGGACAGGCCCUCUUUCCAGGCUGUGCGGGUCUGCCACUCCGGGAAGACCCGCAAGGGCAGCAUCAGCACCAAGAAGCGAGGCUACGAUAUCACCAGGAACCCCCACCUCAACAAGGGCAUGGCUUUCACCCUGGAAGAGCGCCUACAACUGGGCAUCCACGGCCUGCUGCCCCCUUGCUUCCUCUCCCAGGACGUGCAGGUCCUGCGGGUCAUGAAGAGCUACGAGACACGCUCCAACCCUCUGGACAAGUACAUCCUGUUGAUGACGCUACAGGACAGAAACGAGAAGCUGUUCUACCGUUUGUUGACCUCUUACAUCGAGGAGUUCAUGCCCAUCGUGUACACGCCCACCGUCGGUCUGGCAUGUCAGCAGUACGGACUCGCCUUCAGGAGACCACGAGGACUCUUCAUCACCAUCCACGACAAAGGACACAUCGCCUCCGUGCUCAACUCCUGGCCAGAAGAAGACAUAAAGGCCAUCGUUGUGACAGAUGGGGAGCGUAUCCUCGGGCUUGGUGACCUUGGAAGCUACGGGAUGGGGAUUCCUGUCGGGAAACUGGCGCUCUACACGGCGUGUGGGGGUGUUAUGCCACAUAAUUGUCUCCCGGUCCUGCUGGACGUCGGCACUGACAACCAGACGCUGCUCGAUGACCCACUGUACAUCGGACUGAGGCACAAGAGAAUCAGAGGAAAGGAAUAUGACGACCUGGUGGAUGAGUUCAUGCAGGCGGUGACAGACAAGUACGGGAUGGACUGUCUCAUUCAGUUUGAGGAUUUCGCCAACAGCAACGCCUUUCGCAUCCUCAACAAAUACAGGCAUCGAUACUGCACCUUCAACGACGACAUCCAAGGCACGGCGUCAGUAGCUGUUGCCGGGGUCUUCGCUGCUCUGAAGCUCACCAAGAACAAACUGUUAGACCACACCUUUGUCUUCCAAGGAGCAGGCGAGGCGGCUCUGGGAAUCGCUAACCUGCUCAUCAUGGCCAUGGCCAAAGAGGGAGUAUCCAGAGAGGAAGCUGCCAAGAGGAUCUGGAUGGUCGACUCCAGGGGUCUCAUUGUGAAGGGAAGAGGUAAUAUAAACCACGAGAAGGAGGAGUUUGCCCACGACCACCCGCACCUGAAGACCCUGGAGGAGGUCGUGGAAACCAUCAAACCCACUGCCAUCAUAGGCGUGGCUGCUAUCGGAGGAGCGUUUACUGAGAAGAUCAUCAAAAACAUGGCGUCCUUCAAUGAGAGGCCCAUCAUCUUCGCCCUGAGUAACCCCACCAGCAAGGCAGAGUGCACAGCGGAGCAGUGCUACACGCUCACAGAGGGUCGCGGCAUCUUCGCCAGUGGAAGUCCGUUUGACAAGGUGACGCUGGCUGAUGGACGCACCUUCUACCCCGGGCAGGGAAACAACGCAUACGUCUUUCCUGGAGUGGCUUUGGGUGUUAUAGCCUGCAGGGUCCGCCACAUAUCUGACGACAUCUUCCUCACCACAGCAGAGGCGAUCGCUGGCAUGGUAACAGAGGAGCACCUGGCUGAGGGACGACUUUAUCCUCCUCUGAGCACCAUCAGAGAGGUGUCCUUCAAGAUAGCAGUUAAGGUUGUCAACCACGCGUACAAACACAACAUUGCUUCGGUGUACCCCGAGCCUAAAGACAAGGAGGCGUUUGUGUUGUCUCACAUCUACAGUCCUGAUUACGACUCCUUCACUCUGGACACGUACGAAUGGCCACAGGAGGCCUCCAAGGUCCAGGAUGUGUGAUCACCUGGUGUCUAAACUCAAUACUCUGCCGUGGCAUCACGCACAAUUUCUGCAUUGCCUCCAUAAAAACGUACUUAGCCAAUGAUAUGCAACUUUUUUUUUUUUAUUGUUAUGGUUUGUUGAAAAAAAAAGGUUGUUUCCAUAGUGCUCAUUAUCAACUAGCUGCCCAUCAAACACUGCUACAUGCUGUAUAUAGUUAUUCUCCAUGAUCCCGUUCAGACCUGGUAUCAAAUUAACAUUUGUCCUGAGUGAUCCGAUCACAAGUGGUCGGCUCUAAGCACAAGUGUGAACGCUCCCUAGUGUGUUGUGAGAUCUCAUUCAUCUUUGCUGUGUGAAUGCAAAUCUGGCCUGGAUCACAUGAAGGGCCAGCAGCUGCUCAGCUGACGUCUCUGGUCUGCUGCAGUUUCACAAUGAGUUGAAUCUAUUUUAGCGCCUCUCAGUGCUUCUCUUACAUUGGUCGAAUCUUGGUCACAGUAGAUCUGCAGCUCAUUGUGUUCAGUCAUUGCUCGCUCCCUCUGAUUCACGUCGACACACACCAACACACACACACAAAUCAUUUGGCCCUCACAAACACAAAUGACUUCCAUGUUUAAUUGCAGAUAAGUGUGUUAGUAAGAUCCAAUCACAAGUGAUCAUUUGAUUAUCCUGUGUGAACCGGGGAACUUCACGCUAAGCUCAGGAGGGAUGGUGAUACCAGGUCUGAACGGAAACCUUUGUGUCUUUUUUCCUGUGCUGUACUUUUUUGUUUCGUUCUCUGAAAGUCGAAGAAAAAUCUUUGAUACAUCAAACAUCCAGAAGCGUGUAAUCUAUAACUCUAUUAUUGAAACUGCUCCUCCGUCACUAGAUUCUCCAGCUGAGAUGUUGUAAUGCAGUAUUUAAACGCAUGUGCUGUGAAUGAUCUGUUUCUGACCCAAGCAUUGGAGCUGGUGCACGAGAAACAUUCUUGUCCCGACACAGACUAUGAGAACUUGUUUUGAAGCUCUGGGGUCCUCUGACUGUGUGACCUCAGGACAUCAUUGCUCCACAUUAUGAGUUAAAUCCUCUGUGUCCCUGCUCAUUCCUUCAGCUGCUUCCUCAUAUUUCACACUCCGGUCAGUGUGUGCACGUCUGUUAAUCUGCACACACUGAAAAACACUCCAGCCUCAUCCUGUGUUUCUGUUUCUCUGUGAUUAUCAGUUGCUUGUUUUCUUCAGUAUGUUCAGAGGAGGCUUUGCCAGCGACUGAGUGAGACCGUCGGGAUGUUUCUUUUGCGGUAGUGUGUUUUCCUCCAGUUUUGUACGGAGCUCUGCCUGUUGUGUUUUUGCCAAAGUUACAGAUGAGAUGGAUCUUAUCUUAUUUUACUCUUAGAGAAUAUGAUGCUCAGAGCGCUUUAGUACUGCCAGACAAGCUUGACGUUUUUUAAAGGGAAAAUUAAACUUUUUCAAUAAAAUUGUUAUCACAA